AUGGCGAAACUCAAGCUACCUUUCGCUCUCUGCUUUUCUUCGUUCCUCCUCUUCUUCACUCUCGUCCUCUCCUCCUCCGCUUUCUCUCCCAUCGACCACUACCUCAUCAAUUGCGGGUCACACGGCAGCACGGUUGACCUCGACCACCGCCGCUUCGGCGGCGACUCGUCCGAGGACUCAAAUUCGCCGCUGCUCUCUUCAUCCGGAGGGGUAUCACUCGCCGUCUCGAAUCCUCUUCCCGGAUCAUCCCCGAUUUACCACACGGGUCGGCUCUUCACCCGGCCAUCAAAGUACGCGUUCAGCAUCAGAGAUCCGGGUGCUCAUCUAGUUCGCCUCCAUUUCCAGGUACUGAACACCGGCCUUGAUUAUUCGAAUGCUCAGUUUUAUGUUUUGGCGAACGGGUAUUUACUGUUGAACAGUUCUAGUAUUGAAAAGACUUGGAAUUCCGGGGUAAUUAAAGACUAUACAAUUAGGGUUGAUUCGGAUAAGCUUGUGAUCACCUUCGUCCCAGUGAAGAAGUCGAAAUUUGCAUUCGUUAAUGCCAUAGAAGUAAUCUCAGCUCCCAAAGAUUUGGUUGCUGAUUUAGCUCAGUAUGUGAGUUCUGAGAAAAAUGAACAAAUUAGUGGAUUAUUGAAGAAUGGAUUUGAAACUGUUCAUAGAGUUAGUAUGGGAGGUCCAAAAGUGACCCCUUUUAAUGACUCUUUGUGGAGAACUUGGCUUCCUGAUGACGAGUUCUUGAAGUCUCAUGAUGAUAGCUUGUCGAAGGUCUACUAUUCUGGGCAUAUACAGUAUCAGAAUGGUGGGGCGAGCCGAGAGGUUGGUCCUGAUAAUAUGUACAACACAGCACGGAUUAUUAAGAGCUCGAGUGAUUCCAUCCCAUCACUAAACAUGUCAUGGGCGUUUCCUGUGGAUGAGGGUUAUAAGUACUUGGUUAGAAUGCACUUCUGUGAUAUAGCUAGCGCUGCACGAGGUAUGCUGUAUUUCAAUGUGUAUGUGAAUGGAUAUAUGGCUUACGAAAACUUGGAUCUUACAAUGAUCACCGGAAUUCUUGCCUCACCGUUCUAUGCUGACUUUGUUGUUGAUGAGGGGCUUACGGGGGGUGUUCUGACUGUUAGUGUGGGGCCGUCAAAUAUGAGCAUGACACGAGCUGUGGAUGCCAUUCUUAACGGGGUUGAGAUCAUGAAGAUAAACAAUUCGGUGGGCAGCUUUGAUGGAGAAUUCUGUGCACAUUAUGUCUUGAAGACAUGGAGGACAGGGAAUGGCGGUGUUGUACUUUUCCUGUUAGCUGCAGUUUUCUUGCUGCUGACAGCAACCGUGUUGAUAAAGAGGAGGAGUUCUGAGAUCAGAGACCCGAUUGUGUGGUCAAGAUUGCCUAUGGAGAUCCCCGAUGCUAUAUCAAAGCGCUACAAUCAACUGUCAUCCAGUAAAGUGUGA